AUGUCUAACGUGGAGAACGUAUGUCCGCAAGUGCUGCGCGGAGUGGCGCGUGAGGUGCGCCGCUUGGCGGCAAACCCUCCUGCUGGCAUAAAGCUAGUGCCGCAGGACGACCUUACACAUGUUGAAGCCCUCAUUGACGGCCCAGCCGAGACGCCGUACGUAGGCGGUGUGUUCCGCGUACGCCUGGAGCUGGGCAGCGACUUCCCCGCGGCGCCGCCCCGCGCCCGCUUCCUCACUCGCGUCUUCCACCCCAAUGUGUCCGGCAGUGGGGAGGUGUGUGUUAGUACUCUCAAGCGCGAGUGGCGUGAAUGGAAACCAGAACUGGGACUCGAGCACGCGCUGCUCGCCAUUAAAUGCCUCCUUAUAGCGCCUAACCCUGACUCGGCUCUCAACGCCGAUGCAGCGGCGCUGCUUCAAAAUCACUACGACGACUACUUUGCGCGCGCCAAGCUCUACACUGAGAUCCACGCGCGUCCAGACCGGCCCGAUACUGAGCCCCGUGCAGGCCCUGCUGAGGCUCAAAGCGACGCGCCACGUCCGAAGCGAGAGAAACGCCCCGCGCCGUCCGCCGCCAAGGAUAAGCGGCGCAUUCUUAAAAGAUUAUGA